UGAGGCCACACACCCAAAGCUAUCCACUCCAUGGAAGGGUUGCUAAGCUUGUGUUUCAUAGCCCUAUGCACGCUACUGGUCGGUUGGUUUCUCAAGCUCUCGGGUGGCAAGAGCAAGCCGGCCGGGAAGCCGCAGCUCCCUCCGGGGCCAUGGACUCUCCCGAUUAUCGGCAGCCUCCACCACGUCGCCAGCGCCCUCCCACACCGCAGGAUGAUGGAGCUGUCUUGUCGGUACGGACCGCUGAUGCACCUCAUGCUAGGUGAGGUACCCACCGUGAUAGUCUCCAGCGCCGAGGCAGCGACGCUGGUGCUCAAGACCAACGACCCCGCGUUUGCGGGCCGGCCGAACAGCGUGAUUUUGGACAUCUUCAGCUGCGGUGGCAAGGGCUUCGCCUUCGCCCCAUAUGGCAGCCACUGGCGCCAGAUACGCAAGGUGUGCAUCGUGGAGCUUCUGAGCUCCAAACAGGUAAAGCGGAUGGAGGGCAUCAGGGCCGAGGAGGUGGCCAACCUCCUCCGCUCCAUGACCGCCUUGAAUGGCACCACCUUCAACAUCAGCGAGAAGAUGGCGACGCUCAGCAACAACCUCGUGUCGCGGGCGGUUUUCGGCGGCAAAUUCCCGCAGCAGGAGUUGUAUCUCCGCGAGCUGGACGAGGCGUUGCCGCUGAUGGGCGGCUUCUGCCUCGUCGACCUCUUCCCAUCAUCGCGGCUGGCCCGGUGGCUCAGCAGCGGCGAGCGCCUCAUGAAGAAGUGCCAUGGCCGCAUGCAGCGCAUAAUUUCAGACAUCAUUGAGGGACGCAAGGCUGCGCGAGCUGCCGGCGUUGGCGACGACGAGGAUGUGCUGAACGUGCUGCUCAGGCUGCAGCGGGAGGACACGUUGGAAUUCCCUCUAACCACAGAGACGAUAGGCGCCAUCUUGUUUGAUAUAUUUUCAGCAGCCACAGAGACUACAGGAAAUGUUUUGGAGUGGGCUAUGUCAGAGCUCGUCCGUCAUCCUGAAAUCAUGGGUAAGGCACAACAAGAGGUCAGAGAGGUACUAGGUCAAGAUCGAGCUACCAUUGGUAAUAGUGACCUUGGUGAACUCCACUACAUGCGGAUGGUCAUUAAGGAGGUUCUUAGGUUGCAUCCACCCGCUCCUCUACUCCCUCGCUCGGCCACAGAGGACUGUAAAAUUAUGGAUUGUGACAUGCUUAAGGGCACAAAUGUAUACGUUAACGUCUAUGCAAUUUCCCGAGAUCCAAGGUACUGGAAAAAUCCUGAAGAGUUUAAGCCUGAAAGAUUUGAGGACAACAACAUUGAUUACAAUGGGACAUACUCUGAAUACACCCCCUUCGGAGCUGGGCGACGGCAGUGUCCUGGGAUACUAUUCGGCACGUCAUCGCUCAAUAUCACAUUGGCAAACCUUCUGUAUCACUUUGACUGGAUGCUUCCUGAUGGGGCUAGUCUGUCUUCCUUUGACAUGUCUGAGAAAUUUGGUAUCACGGUUAGCAGAAGGCAUGACCUGCAACUCAGAGCUAUUCCACAUGAGUGGUUCAAAGCUACGUCGUCGUCCAAGUGAUAUAGAGAGCAUGUAUAUUCAGAUAUAUGCCCCUUCAAUAUAUGCCUUUAUUGCGCUGUACCUGUAUGCAUUAGAAUAAGAGAACCCUCUCGUUUCAGAACAUUGUGGUAUUGUACUACUACUGUUCGUAUUACUGUGCAUGACAACAGAUAUUAAGUGGUAGCGCAUAAGCAUAUAGAA